GUACUGUGUUGUUGAGGUUACCUCGGCGCGGCAGGGCACGAGAGGACAAGGGUGUAUGUGGUGGCGGGAGGGAUUUGACAGGUGGUUGUGAAAUGGCAAGGUCACGGUCACUGGGAAACAUUACUGGCGUAUAUUUAUUUAUUGAAGCUCGUCCAUCCCGCAUUUUUUCCCCCUUUUUUAAGUGUUUAUGGUAUAAUUGCAGUUUCCCCCAAUAAACCACACUCAAAAUGGCAGAGAAGGACCUGUACAUUGCUGCCCUUGAGAAGAAGCUGGCUGAGCUGUCUGGUAUUGAAGUUGAUCAGAUCAAGAAGAACCAGCUGGCCAAUGCCUCAAGUGAGGCACGUUCCAUCCGUGAGAUGGCUGAGUAUGUGGAGGGCAUCCAGGUGAAGCAAGCUGGACUGGUUAUUACUGGCCAGGUGAAUCCUCAGGUGGCUGCUAUGUUUGCCCACAUCAAGGCUGAGCUAGGUGAGGAGCGUGGAGCACACACCCUACCACCUCUAAAAUAUGAUUAUGAUGCCCUGGAGCCUCAUAUCUGCGCCACCAUCAUGCAGAUCCAUCACACCAAACACCACCAAGGAUACAUCAACAACCUGAAGGCAGCUGUAGAAAAGCUUGCAGAGGCAGAGAAGGCUAAUGAUAUAGCUGCCAUGAAUGCACUCCUUCCGGCCAUCAAGUUCAAUGGAGGUGGCCAUUUGAACCAUACCAUCUUCUGGACCAACAUGGCCCCUGGAGCUGGAGGAGAGCCCACAGGAGCCAUUGCUGAAGCCAUCAACAAGGACUUUGGCUCAUUCCAGUCCUUCAAGGAAAAGUUCUCUGGUGCCAGUGUUGCUGUGAAGGGAUCCGGCUGGGGUUGGCUUGGCUACUGCCCCAAGGAUGACAAGGUUGCUGUUGCCACUUGCCAGAACCAGGAUCCCCUGCAGAUCACCCAUGGUCUGGUGCCACUGCUGGGUUUGGAUGUGUGGGAGCAUGCUUAUUAUCUCCAGUAUAAGAACCUGCGUGCUGAUUAUGUCAAAGCCUUCUUCAAUGUGAUCAACUGGGCCAACGUGAAUGAGCGCUAUGAAGCAGCUCGCAAGGCAGCUGGUCACUGACUGCAACACCCCUACAUGCCAGCCCGCCUCUAGCAAAGAAUUCUUUAAGGCCACAACAAUAACUAACGGACCUGGUACUAGCUUUUUGCACAUGAGCACCUUGCCUUGUGAUGUACUAUUCAUGUUUAAAUAUUAUAUCCUAAGUAAUGUACGUGGAGUGUACCAAACCAAUGAUGUAUGAAUAAACUUUAUUUUAAAAUUAA